UUGCGUUUAUUACAAGAACCAGAGCACAUAAAUUUGUAUGAAUUGAUAAAUAUUUCUCCAAAGAAUAGUUCGGACGGCAACAGUUACAUUACUUGUGAAGGUAAUCUAAAGCCACCAUGAUGAACUCUACAACCAGCAACUCGACUGCAGGAGAAGGGGAGACUGUGAAAGUGCUCAAAGCAUUAUGUUACUGUGUAAUCAUGCUCAUGUCGCUGGUAGGAAACACUUUGGUUAUCAUUAUUAUCUUCCGAAACACCAGAAUGCGGACCACCACUAACAACCUGAUCGCCAACAUGGCCAUCAGCGAUUUGCUGUUUCCGCUGUUUGCUGUUCCGAAGGAGAUAGCGCAGAUCGUGAUCGGCAAAUCGCGAUGGCUUGUCGUUGGCAUCGGAGGAGAAAUAUUAUGCAAGUUUGUGAAUUUUUCACAAGACAUCUCAACAGCCGUUUCGAUACUUAGCCUGGUUGUUAUAGCCUUCGAUCGAUUCCACGCGGUGAAAUUUCCCUUCCAACCAGCUGUAAUAACGCCUAAAAUUUGCCGCAUAGUAAUUUGUCUCAUCUGGGUUGUUGCCGUAGGCCUCCACUCGACGUACUUUUACACUUUCAAACUGAUAGUGGAAGGGAACGAUACAUAUUGCAAGAACGAAUGGGAGCCGGCCUUUGAAACUGCCUCCACUCAAAAAGUUUACUUUUUGAUCAUUUUCUUGGUGCUGAUAUUUUUUCCUAUCGCGGUGAUUAUUAUAUUGUACACAGCCAUUGCAAUUGAAGUUUGGAAGCAGAAAGGACCCACCGAACACUCCUGUCGGGAGCGACAAAGGCGUGAACAAGAAAACAGAAGAGUGUUAAAACAAGUUGUGACGGUGGUCGUUGUGUUCGUUUCUUGCAUCACGCCUGUCACAAUAUUUAGCUGGCUUCUCCUCUUCGUCUGGAACAUAAAAAAAAUACCGCCUGGAAUAGAUGAAGUCAACUUUCAUUUCUGUGCAUUAUUUAUUAUGCAUUCUAACGCGGCUAUCAGCCCUUGUAUAUAUUUCAUCUUCAACAAAAACUAUCGGAAGGGACUCAGCGAAAUAUACGAAAGCUGCGCACGAAUUUUUACCGGCCUUGAGAAUCAAUCACUGGAACCGACUGGUUCUACUAAGCCGAAAUACAAUUCUAAGGUUGAGCGCGUUGCAAAGAUAAGGUCGCCCAAAUGCCAAUACAUUUAACCGAAAAAUUUAACAGACGUUUUUUGAGAUGAGAAUGAGGGUAUUGAAAGUGGCUACAUGUGGAAUAAAAACUGGUAUUUGCUAAGUCCAUUUUUAGCAGUCCAUCCAUUGUAAGCUAACUAAAUAGCUCCUUAAAGACCAUAACCGUUUGCAUUCCAUAGUGUCUAUUUAAUCAUUUACUGAAAAAGGCCGAUUAACUCAAAUUCAUGGCAACCCUUACAUCGCGAAGACCUGAAACGCUUAUUUGCCCUUGCAUAUAAUUGAACUUGGUUCACCCACUGAAAAAAAAAAACAAAACUACUAAGUGUUCCUGCUUUAAUCUGACCUUUUGCAAAAAUGCUAUGAAUAAUUCUUUUGAGCACAUUCACGAUUCUAAGAUUUAUAUAAAGCUGUUUUAAGCAACCUAUAAAAUAAACCGCGCUUUAAUCUCCUCAGCACUUGUUCAAGUCAGGUACAGUAAUUUAUUCAUGUCAACUAAAUUUUUUUUCAUUAUGAGACUACAAUUUUACUUCAAUUUAAUAAUAACCGCAUGCCACCGUUCAUCAGCCGUGAUAAACUCAUCUCUUUUUGAUGAAUUAUACAGUUGCGGCACAAGACUGAUGUUGACCAAGAAGAAGGAUAUUAAUAGAAAAUACUAAUUUACCCAGGACAUAUUGUAAUAAAAAUUUCUGGAUAAAUGCAAUGUAUGCAGAGGUGCAGGUGUAAUUUGAUCCGGUGCAAACUCAUUUGGCUGCUUCCUCGUGGAAAUAGUAGUGAUGAAGGGACGAGGGGAAAGGGGAAAAUAUUAGGGGGGAAGGGUGGGGAGGAUGGUUAACGUGGUACAACGAGGUCGAGAGAGAACCCUAAACUGGACCCCACCAGUCAGAUUUGGCGUUUCGAUAUAUAUACAUAAUUUUAAAUUUAGAAAUCUAAAGCCUUAUAAAUGUGUUUUAUAUCUUCGUGUUUGUAUUUCGCAUGAAAUUGUAAUGUGUUUUAUUUAGUUUAUACCCAGGGCUCCCAUUGAUAGCAGGUGGCUCUUUAGGGCUUCUGACGGGGCUACCCUGAGGUUUAUUCUUAUUUUUAA